UUUCGUAGGCUGGGUAGGGCACCACCACCGAUUAUCCCAUUAAUUCCCUUUCUCUCUCAAUCUUAUUUUCUCUAGUCUGAGACAGCCACCACCGAUUUUUUGGCGACAGUCGGCACAGAACAACUCACUCUCUCGCACUCUCACACUCACAGUCGGCAGACUCGGCACUCUCCGGCGGCAUUCUCUCCCUGCCUCUCCUCCUCCGGCAUUUACACUCACAAGGGCAUCUCUCGGUCUCUCUAUCUCUUCUCUAUCGCAUAUACUCUCAGCCCCUGCUGUGUUCCUUCCUCUCUGUCUCCUCCCUCCGGCGACUGCCCAAACGAACGGAACAGCCCAGCCCAGCCUCUUCCUCUCUGUCUCUUCUCUGUCUCUCUCAUCAUCUCCUCAUCUCCUCCUCUGCUCUUCCUCUCUGUUUCGCGGACGGAACAGAACGGACCGAGCAAACGCGACUCGGCGGCAGCACUGCCCAGCCCACUCCGGCGACUGCUUCACGGACACAGUGCCUUCCCUUCCCACUCCGGCGAUUGCUUCACGGACACAGUGCCUUCCCUUCCCACUCCGGCGACCGCUUCACGGAGAGUUGAAAGCUCAGUAUUGAAGGAAGAUGCCACAUAGAGCACGACCUAUGACAGCACUUUUGGUGUUCACUGGAGUCAAUGCUGUACUAGUUUCAUCCAUUGAAUCCGUCUAUGACUUUGUUUGCUUUCUGCCAUAUUGGGAAAGAAGGAGGGAAAGGCGUUGUCUAGAGCGUGAAUCUGCUUUACGGAAGAAUUCUGGAUUAAAAUAGAAUGGUUACUAAACCCCAAGAGGUAGCUCAAGUGGUAAAGGCGAACUUGAGGAUCUUACCCAUCCCAGGUUCGAUUCCCCACGAGCGUCUAAAUACCUCUUGGGGCCACUGGGGCAGUCUCAAGGUCGAAUACCGGUUAAAUAUGCCGGUUGCAAGUGCCAGGGCCUCGAGGGAUUAGUGGGGGUAGGGCCCCUAAUACCCUCGGUUAUCAAAAAAAAAAAAAAAAAAUAGAAUGGUUGCUAGUUAAAAUUUCUAAAUAUCGGGUUCUUGCAAGUUUUUCUAUUAUUUAGUGAAGUUAUAUUACAUAUUAAUUUAUAGAAUUCGGAGAAAUGAGCAAAACCUCACUAGUAAUUUUUCGCAUGGUUUGAUACAUUGUACAUCUUUUGCACUGAAAUAACAGUGAAACAAUACUAUCAUGAUUUUGCAGAGUA